UGUUUCAUUCACUCAUAUAUGUAUACAUUUUUCUCGUCUUCGCUUCUUUUCUUCCUUCAAAACCCGCGUACUUAUGCAUUUAAAUCGUCGCUCUAAAGUGCAGAAGGUGCGAGUGGAAAUUCUGCGCUGACGAGAUUCAAGAUCGAUAAAGAUUGCGGCGGCGUCGCGCAUGACUGAAUUAUUUUGCAAAUUGCAACAAUCUUGAGGUUAUGACGAUGGUGGACGACCGGGCGCCAGGUUGACUCCAGGUCGAUCUCGCGUUCCUCUCUAUCGCAAUACGUGCAAGGACGAAACGCGAUUACUUUGACAGCUACGAUGUUCGAGGGGGCUAUAGCGGCAUUUUUGAACCGUCUGCUGGGCAGGUACGUGGAGGACCUGGACACGGAGCAGUUCAACGUCGGUAUUUUCUCUGGGGAUACGUGCCUCACCGACCUGAAGCUGAAACCGGAAGCUCUGUAUCAACUGGGAUUACCUAUUAAAAUAGAGAUUGGCUUGAUAGGAAUUAUUUUGAAAAUACCAUGGUCCGGACUCUUUUCGCAACCAAUUGUGAUAUGCAUAGAGGAUAUAUAUGCAGUAGCAGUACCUGCACUGUCCGGUCCAUAUGAUCCAGAGAUACAGAAACGUUUGAUAAGAGCAGAGAAGAAGAAAAUACUUGAGGAUCUCAAGGAAGAUGAAAUAUUUAGAGCAGGUCUACCUCCUCAGUUAUUUGAUGGUCUGUUAGCAUCAAUUACAAAAAACUUCCAGAUUACUAUAAAUAAUGUACAUAUUAGAUAUGAAGAGAAAAUAUUGCGAAACUUUCUCUGUGCCUGUGGUAUAUGUAUACAAAGUAUAUCAAUUACAACUACCAACAAUAAAUGGAAGCCCGGAGUUUGCGCUACAAAUUCGCAAACAGUGUAUCAGCUUAUACGCGCAGAAUCGCUCAGUGUGUAUUUGGACCACGAUACUGAAUCUUGUAUAAAUGUUCAGGGUAAUUGGGACAUGUCCAAUUUUCUAGCAUGGAAAAGCAGAAUGCAAAUGUCUUUACAAACAUUUGGAAUGAAGAACAAGGAAUUUCAAUUUUUGCUGAAGCCUUUCACAGCCAAGAUUAAAGUCAUCAUACACAAAGGUACAGAGAUUCAAGCUUCUCGUAUGUUGGUCGAUGUUGUGCUGCAGGAUGUAGCGAUGCAACUGUCCGAAGCGCAAUAUGCUACGUUUUGUCAUAUUCAAGAUUCUUUGUUACGAGCAACUGUCAACAGACCACAUGCUAAAUAUCGCCCUGAACAAACUGUGUACGAGGAGCCAGCAUCUUGGUGGAGAUACGCGUACAAUUCUAUUUUGAAUCACUAUAUCAAACCAUAUACUUGGUCUCAUAUAGCCAAACAUAGAAAAAAUUAUAGAAAUUAUAAAGAGAUGUAUAUUCAAAGUUUGCAACGACCGAAUGACACAGAACUGAAGCUAGAUCUGCAAAAAUACGAGGACAAUCUGACAAUAUUAAACAUAGUGAUCGCGCGAGAGCACGCUAAACAGGAAUUGAGAAAUAAGGAUAUCGAGCGCGAGUGUCAAACUACAACAGUGGAUUCAUCAAAUGACGUUAAUGUUGAAACAUCUUCCAAUAACGACCAAAGUAUAAUGGUUCCAUGCAACAAAGAAGAAAGUCAAAAGUCGAUAGAUGUAAAAGAUAAUUCGUCCAGUCCACAAAUAAAAUUGGAAAAAACGCUGAAGCAAAUUGAUUACAAAUUGAACUUCACUUUGGCAAAUUGUUGUCUGACUCUAUUGAGCAAAGGCAAAGAAAUGUUGAUUGUAACUGUCGCACAAUUCCUGACAAGUAUCGAAGCACGGCCUAUGUUAUUAGCUUUCAAGAUAUCUGCUCGUGCUGAAAGUUUUGUUGUCGAGGCUAUAUCAACCGAUGGUGAUUUAGUUCCUUUGAUUACAGUUGAUAAUGUGUUAACAGGCAACGUGUCCACUUAUUUUUUGGCCAUAGAUUUUGAGAAGAAUGGACUGAAUAUGGAUCCUAUUUUCGAAGUAUCCAUAAAGCUGGAAGCCAUCGAAGUGACUUAUCAUCAUUUUGCUAUGGUGGAGAUUAUAAACUUUUUCAAAUUCAACACCAAUUACAUCUAUGGCACGAUUCUCGGAAUAUACAGAUUGUGGGAUUGCGCAAAGAGAAAAUAUUUCAACUUUGUGGACGACAUCAUCUCGCAAACAUUGAGAAUUAGUUUCAAAAUAGAUAUUAAAAGCCCAUACAUAAUAUUUUCCGAACACGGAUCGAUUCAAAAAGGAGGAUAUAUACUCGUCCUGGAUCUCGGUAAUGUAACGUUGACCAACGAACUUCAAGCGAUGAAUUUGCAACUGGAAGACGCUACUCUGAUGGAACUGGAAGAAUUACUUUAUGAUAGACUUAACAUGGUGUUUUCUGGAGCGCAGAUUUUAUUCUGUCAUUCGGGCGACGAUUGGAGGUCGGCGAGAAAACGGAGUGAUUCCGAGUUUCAUUUGUUACCCAAACUACAAGCGAAUGCGACACUUUCCUAUAGUAUUAGACCGGAAUAUCGUCAAUUACCACGGACAAAACUCAAUGUACAUAUUUCAAACGUAAAGUUCAAUCUGUCAGAAAGUAAACUGCGACUUAUGGCGCACUUUUUGAACAAAUUGCUAGUACUUUAUGAAAAUAAUAUCGAAAAAUAUAAAGCUACCUUCAAAGAUACUACUCUUGAACAAAAAUCGAGGAUUGCCUUUACUUCGGUGAAAGAAUUGAUGAAAAUACAAUCCGGGGUGUGCUUGCCAUCUGAUUUAAUGAUGCAUAAUGGAUUUAAAUCUACUCUCAAGGAGGUUGUAACCAAUAAUGUACCAAAGCUUGACAGGAGUGUUGUCUCUUCGGAAGUCAGCGAAGAGGACUUGGAACUGUUAUCUAAAACGAUUAAUUUAUCUGGCUUUGAUGAUAAUAUAUCUCCGUGUAAUCGCAUUAAUUUGUUACUUCGAUUUGCCAUAACCGAGUUCUCCAUAAAUCUUGAACAUACGGUGGACAGCCGAGAGCAGCCUUAUCUGAAUUUGAGAUUGCAUACCGUUUACUAUGAAACAGCUAUGAUGGAAUAUGGAGUUGCUGUUCAAUUUGGCAUUGGAUCCAUUCUUCUAGUCGAUAAGACAAAUGCUGGCGUUACUGGAUCAUAUUUAGAAUUGAUAUCCACAGAUGAGUCUUAUGAAGUUCUGGUUGUGUCAUAUCGUAAGGUUAAAUCAAAUUGCCCCGAUUUCAAGUCGCACUUUAAGAAUAUCGAACGCUCACUGGUUGUGAACCUAUUAAAUAUUCACCUAAAUCUUCAUAGAUCCGCGUUACUGAAAAUAAAAGAUUAUUGGCAUAAAUUUAAAACUAUGUGCGAUGGUACGCUUAUAAUCAAGUAUGCCGAAAAGAUAUGCAGUAAUAUUAUAAAACGGGAACAACACGAUGUAGAUCCACCCAUUCCACCAGGUGCAAUUAAAUUGAAUUAUUCAACCAGACUUAGCUCGCUGGUUCUACGAUUUUGCGACAAGGACAUAGAUUUAAUGGAAAUUAAGAUUUCGGGUUUGGAAAACGAUUGUAUCUACAAUGCGAAUGAAAGAAUGGUGUUGCGUGCUUAUCUCAGCAGUAUACUUGCCGAAGAUUUGAACGACGACACGCUUUAUUCGAAAAUUUUGACGACCGACGAAGACAAGGUGUUUGAUAUGAAAUAUGUAAGGCAUACCCCAAGGUUGUAUAAAUGUUCGGAUAUCGAUACUAAUCAGGACGAUGUGAUGUCGGAUGGCACCUUUAAGCUUUCCAUCGGAAGAAUAAAUUGUGUGAUCAUUUCUAAAAUUCUGUACGAUUUACGGAAUUUUGUGAGGCCGUUCGCUUCCACAUAUUAUACUCGCUUCUUAAAUUAUUUGAAAAAUAAGUUUGUCGGAGGGAUCGAGCUGUUUAAGAGAAGCGCCACGAAAUUACAUAUUUUUAUCGAUAUACAAGGACCUACUUUCCUGCUACCGCAGAAGAAGGAUGCUCCGAGUCUCCUGGUUUUCGAUACAGGCGUAUUAUCGGUCGAAAACUUUUUCAAGAAUAGCGGACAGUCAGUGCAAUCGACGAAAGCUAAUGAUAGCGGACAAUUAAUAAUCGACAAUAUUUUGGUAAAAUUGAAAUCUAUGACUAUAUCUAGGGCAAUUAUGACGUUGGCGCGAGAUUUGGAAGUGCAGGAACCCAUUAUCGAACCUAUACAAAUUCAGUUUGACAUUAAGAGAAAGACGGAAUAUCGUAGUAUUAUGGAAUUUCAAACAUAUGGUUUAUUCAAUGUGCAAGGAGCUAUCGACAUUGUAAAUGUAAACUUGAGUCAGCGAGAUCUAAAGUCCCUUAUUUCGGUGUGGCAGGAUAAUAUUUCCAAAAUCCUGUUGCUUAAAAAGAUCGGUGAGAACGAGGAUCGAGUUUUAACGCGAGACGCUCGAAAGAACGUCAAGCACGACGAUGACGUUAUGGUAAAGAAGCUGGAAGACUUUCUAACUCAUAAUGAAACAGCGUUGUGCGAAGUCAACGUAAAACUCACUUUGGAGGGAUUGCAAUUGAAUUUAUUCGUGGACACGGAAGAGGUGUUGAGUUCUCCUGUGCGCGACUUGAAUCAUGGUUUGUGCAAGUUGUGCUUCGGAGAAACUAUAAAUACCUGGGACUUUUAUAGCGACAAGAGUGUGAAAAUGAGACUUUCUUUGCAAAACUGCUCGUUGCAGGACACUCGCAAAGAGUCGGUUGUUGAAAAGAGGAUAAUACAAGGACCAGCAAUAUCCCUGGAAAAGAAUUUGGAAUCUUGUAUUUCCGUGUCGAUGUCUCCCAUAGUCGACGUCACGUACAGUCGUACUCAAGCUAAGGAAAAGUGUUUCGAUGUUCUUAUUCAGGACGUGCGAAUUUAUCUGUCUGUACCUUUCUUGAUGCACUUGGGACGGUACUUUUUGGAUUCCUUACCCGGCGAACAGAUAGAAAAAGGGAUUAUCAAUCAUGGAUACGAUAAUAAUAACCAACUGAACCGGAAUGCUAUAAACGCAGAAACUGACAAUAUAAAUCGCUCCCAAUAUUUUAAGGAGCAACCAGGUACUUCUAUAUCAAUCAGAAUACAAAAGCCGGAUAUUUUUCUAUUCGGUGACUUGGAGAAGAGUAAUACACACGUGAUUCGAAUGCAGACGGAAGUGUUUAUCGAAAGCAGCAGACACGAUUGUUCCUCUUCGAUAGUCUGCACCCUGACCAAUGUCAAUGCCAAGACCAAGGGAAACGACGAGUCCCCGUAUUGGUUGUUACGUCCUUGCGAUGUGGAAAUUUCUCAAAAGAAAGAAUUGUCGAGUGGCAAUGAGGAAAUCGUCGUCGCUAUAAACAGUGUUAAUGUACAUCUAUCAGCGGAAGUGAUGCAUACCUUUUUCGAUAUAUUGAACGAAGCGUCAACUUUUUUGAACAGCAUUCACUCGAAAAUAGAUGACAAUAGCAAUCAAAACGCCAACAUGCAUAAUAAUCUCUGGGCACCGAGAAAAGUUUCUAGUAUACCGUAUAAGAAAAUCGAAGUCGACUCGGGAUUGUAUCGUCAUCGCAACGAUCACGUAACAUUCAAUUUGAAGCCAGUGGCAAUGUGCUUAUUGUUAGAAAUGGAAUAUUCCGUAGGAAGAUUUCCAGUAAUGAAAAUGGAGACAAUUGUUUCUGCCACCGUCGACGAUUGGUACAACAAUUUCCAUCUCGAGUCCAACAUAAAACUUCACGCGUUCUGUUAUAAUAGAGUUUAUCAGAAUUGGGAGCCAUUCGUGGAGUUUUGUACAAAGGACGAUGUAAAUUAUAAACCGUGGGAAUUAAUUAUCAAGACGUAUCGAGGCGAAGCAAAUAUGAUCAAUUCCCAUUGGACAGAUUCUUGCCACUGCAUAAAGCAAGAUUUGGUGAAAGGGAAAAAGAAAGAUAUAAGGUAUAAUGAGCAGGAUGUAAUGGAUAUGAUAUUUAUUGGACCCGAUGCUGAUACUACCUCAUCUACAAUAAAGGAGCCUGAAACUUACAUUUCGUACGAGGAUGAAUCUGAUACGGACGAUGACGAGAACGAUACGAAAUUAACCAAGAUUUCCAAUUAUCUAUUCAAUAAUGAUAGCGACGACGAAGAAAGCGAUUCUGACAAUUCGAGUACAAAUGAGGAUGAUGAGCUGGAAUUAACGCUGGAUUUUACCUGUGAAUCUUAUACUCCCGCCACGCCGCGGGCGACAGCAAAGACGAGUCUCUUCGCGCCGCAUAUUAUUCUAUAUUCGGAGGACAAAAUCAACAUCACCAUAACGGAAAACAUGAUCACGACGUGGAACGCAAUAUCGAACGCGUUCGCCCGAGUCAAGGGUGGAAUCCCUUUUGUGCCAGCUAGUACGCGAGAACUGACUGUACUGAACGACAUAGGUCACCCGAGUCAAGUGGAACUGCUCGUUCAGGAACAAGUGGACGGGCACAAUGUCACGCAUGUUCUGGUCGUGCGUAAUUUUGCGCACGACGGGAACUCGCCGACCAGUGUGCCGAGUAGUCCGGAAAACGAAGUCCAGGGGAAUCUCACAAGUCCAUCUCCUCGAUGGACCAGUAAAGAGACCGCCGAAGUACCGGAAUGUAAAACCUUCCCCAUCGAUUCGCCCGUUCAAAUCUAUAAAUCUGUAACUGGCGAACUUGUUCGUGUGACUUUUGAAGGUUUCGAGGAUGUGUUGGUGUAUUGCCCUAAAAAGGAGACACGCAGUCUCGUAUCGCUUCGUCCUGUGAGACACGAGGUCCGCUACUACCUGGUGAUAGAGGCAACGAUAAACAUUUACCUGCAUCGUACGAUUUGCGUGCGAUCUCCGCUACAGUUUCGAAACGAAACAUCGUACGCACUCGGACUUUAUUACAAGAAAGCAGUGGUGGACAAAUUGGGUUUGACACUCACCGGUGAAGCCACAAAUCCCUUCGAUCAUAAUAUAAGAAUGGCCAUCAUCGAACCUGAUGCGACUUAUAAUAUUCCUCUAUAUAUCGCUUAUCAUUGUCCGAUACACGUUCUUCCGGCAUAUCUAGAGUCUAUAGAGAAAUAUCAAGUUAGCGAGGAAGGAAUUUAUUGGAAAGACUUGAGGGGUACAGCAAAUGCAUUUAAAGACGUGUGCUGCAAAGCUAAGGACGGCAUUAAUGACUGUAAUGUAUUCUGUGUCAGGGCGAUUUGCACGGAAGUCUCGUUAACGACUCGUCCUUCGGGUUGUCAAGUGCCGAAUUAUUUGAUAAAUAUCGUACCGCCUGUCAUUUUUAAUAAUCAGCUGCCCUUUGUCAUCGAUGUCGUUGUACCUAGCAUUAAUUAUGAAGUGAAAAUCGAACCCGGGGAAAAAAUAAACAUGCACUCUUUGAAUCACAGCAGUAAUGUGCAGUUUACUUUUAAGGUACACAAUUACUUGGGCACGUCUUGGAUGGGUGCGGUGAAAUUAAAUAUGAAUCUAGAGCGAAAGUUUGUACUAAUGUCUACAGAUAACGAGUCGGAUUUGACGAAACCCUUCUUGUUGUGCCUAGAAUUAGGCAAAAUUUUCAGCUGGAACAUUAUUAUACAAGCGCAGUAUUGGAUAAUAAACAAGUCUGGUCUGCCUCUAUUUAUCCAGGAUUGCCAUUCUCAUAUAACUUAUGAGAUGCCGGAGGAGGAGUUGAUGGUGUUUUCUCAAAAGAACAAUAAAAAGAGCAUGGUACGAUUGAGGGCCCAUCAGUCCGAGUGGUCAAUGCCAUUUGGAUUGGACGGGAUCACGUCGAUGUCGUUGAUCGUAUGUCGAGAUAUCGAACGCGGACGAAAGUAUCAGAUCUUGACGGAGAUCGAAAGUUCCCGCUUGUCACCGAUUUUCACGAAAAUUAUCACGUUUCUGCCGUACCUCUUCAUCUGCAACAAAACCAAAAAGGCUCUGAGGUUUAUGGAGGAGAACGAGCAGGCCGAUCUCUGGAACGAUCUUUUACCCGGGCAGGAGAUGUCGUUCUGGCCCGCCACCGAGUCCAUGAAAAUGAAGAUAAAGUGGAGAAACAGUCAGCUAGUCUCGCAACAUUUCGACAUCACAUACGUGGGCAAGACUGUGCUGAGAAUGGAUAACGGGUCGGCGCUAUGCGUAGAGAUCGAAGGCGGCAUGAAUGCUCCAUAUCGAGUAACAUUCCGAAGAUACGUCGCCAGUGACAUACCUGUGCGAGUGGAUAAUCUCUGCGACAAACUAUUCCUGAAGCUGAACCAGAUCGGUUUGGGUCAAGUCGCUCUGCUCAAACCCUUUCAAAGUCUGCUGUACACUUGGGACGAUCCUACUCAGACCAGAGAAUUGAUUUGGAACGUUUAUAGCAAUAACGCGUUCGGCUAUAGAGCUAAAUUCGAAACGGACGGCUGCGGACAUGAAACGGUAACUUUUGUAACCGUCGAAAGAUGCGACAGUGCGUCUCAUUCCUCCCAAGUCACUCCCAAAUCUCUAGCAAAUACAAAGUCGUGGUCGGAGGAUUCGAGUAUCGCACAUUCUUCCCCCAAUGCAGAAUCCGAGACGAAGCUCCAAGCAUUGGAGCACGCACGGCAAGAUGAGACGGAGGUUUACUGGGUGAGCUACAUGGAAGGGGAGCAACGUGUGUUGCUGUUUACGCAGCACGAGAGUGUGUACCUGAAAGCGAAGAGCGUCAUCGAUCCCGAGGCGAGCAAGAGAGAGAUAUUUCUGUCGAUCGCGGCUCUCGGAGUCAGCGUUGUUGUCCAGGAACCCAAUCUUCAUAAUGUCAGACGGGAGUUGCUCUACGCCAGUGUGAUUGACUCCGCCGCGCAUUGGGAGCUUUACUUUAGCAAACGAUGGAAGAGCCUGUCGUUGGAGCUGAGCGCUUGGCUGGAAAACAAGUAUACGAAUUCCGCGAAGGUGGCGCAAUUGGAGAACUUCAUUGAUGUUGAUCUGGUGAAGAUGCAGAUGACCAAACCGUUCUUCGGUAAGUUACGAAGGACGUAUUCACCAGGUAUCUGGCUGCAUUGCAGGGAAUCCACAACACUUUCUUACGUGCAGGGAUACGUUCACAGGAUACAGGUCGAUAAUCAACUGAGCGAAGCCAUCUUUCCGGUGGUUCUGUAUCCUAGCCUGCAAAAGACUUUUGUGAAUUACGCCGGAAGUCGCAGAUUGAAACACUGCUUAGAGUUCUCGUAUCUGAAGCAACGCAAACUGAAAAACAGCAUUUACAAAGGUAUAUGUAUCGUCCUCCGGGAGUUUAAUUUAAAUUUGGAAGAGGCCUUUCUUUGCUCCUUGAUCAAUCUAGUACCCAAGAAUCCGGAAACCAAACACUCAAUCGCCGCCAAACUCAGGAGAGACGUGUCCAACAUGCGUGUUCCUUCCUUCAACAAAAUCAAUAACAACGACAAGAAAAGAGACUUGAUAGAGCAGAUAUAUAUUUCUCCAAUGGAGUUGAAGUUGAAAUUGCUGGCCAAUACGGACGGAUCUAACGCGCGCAACUUUAGCAUCAUGCUCGAUUACCGCAAUAUUCUUCGUUUCGUCUUUGAUUACGCGGAGAAGGGUGCAUUCGAGAGGGAUGCUGAGUUCAAGUUGCCAAGUUAUCAAAGAAGCUUCAUCGUCGUCGACAACAAGAGAUUCUUCUCGCGCCUCUUGCGAAUUUACGUGGCGCAGAUCAUGGAACAGUUUCACGUGCUGGUGCGUCUGGCUACCGUUCUGGGAAAUCAGUAUGGCUACAACUUUAAAUCGCCAGGGAGCAACUUUUGCGAACCAGAUUCAUUACUACUGUGCGUUGACGAGGUUGCUGAGAGGCUGGCGUACGAAGUGGCGUGCGAACUAGGAUACGCUACUCCCGAUGGGAUGCAAGCCUCGAUUUUGAACAGCCACGCGCCCCAUAUUAAGAUGAAAGACACAAAUUAUCAGAAUCCGGAUGUACCUCCUUUAGCAUUUUUGGUCGAUCAUUCGUUCGCUACAGAGAUCGAUUUGGAGACCUCCGGCUUGAUCACCACGUCGACAAACAGUAUUCAUCGAGAAGAAUUGAGAUACUUCUUCAAAACAUUGGGGAAGAAAAUAUCCGUGUUGUUCAAGACGGAAAGCUCUUGUUCAAAAACCCAUUCGAAAGUGAUAUCAGACAUAAUAAAGAGAGCGCAAGAAGUAGGACAUAGUUUUGUAUCCAGGGUACGAUUGCCACGAUACAUCAAUCCGCAUUUCGGUGUGGAGUUAUUCUCGACGCAUAAGGCGAAGGGAGCCUACUUAUUGAACGCUAUAAGUAAAGGACAUUGCGUUCAAAACGAUUCUUAUUGGGGACAUGCUGCGCUCCACAACGACGGGAAAUAUAUUACACUAGUAUCCUUGCAGCGAAUACACUAUAUCGAAAAGGGAAAUGUUUGGGGAUCAUGGAACGUAAAGUGGACUUUAGAGACGAAUCAAUUGCUGUCACCGCCAACUAUCGCUAAAAAUAAGCUUAUUUUGCACGUAACAGAGGAAAAGGAAGAGACGUCAUCGUCUAUGGUAGACUGGUACGUGGAAAGCGAGGCCGCGGAUAUUCUGGAAUGGCUGUGUCGCAAAAUGAACAACGCAAUGAUCGUGAAUAUGGAGAGCAGCAUUUGUUCCAAGUGAGAGAAAAUCUAACGAUGCGCCGACGAGGCCGGUUGAUUAACAGAAAAAAAA